CGUGAAAAGAGACUGGAUUGACUAUAAAACCAUUUCGAUGUUUGGCAUCGAAAAAGGUCUCGUUGUGCAUGGGAAAAAGCGAAACAGGCUCAGGCACGAGAACGACCACAAACUGAUAAAAGCUACUUUUCCUGUGAGACUGUUUCAUAACUUGUCGUAUAAAGUUGAACGGCGUUAACUUUGUAAAGAUGGAUGCUGCUGAAAGUAAGGAAGGCAUCGGUGAGUCUACAAUCCUCGCUGUUACCACACUACAACGAUAUCUACUUCUAGCGGCGCUGGCGUUGAGCUCUCUGCUUUACGGUAGCAAAAUGACUCCCGACGACUUCACCAAGUGCGUUAAAAAACCGUUAGGACUUUGGUUAGCCAUGAUGGUAUCAGCACUGCUGGCUCCUUUGACGGCCUUUGUCAUAUCACUUAUCUUCAGUCUUCACUACUCCGACGGCCUAACUCUUCUUAUAACAUCUAUCUGUCCAGCCGGUGCGUUAUCACCAAUCUUCGCAUUUUACACUCAAGCCGACGUCUGCCUGUGCCUAUCUGUGAUCGUGUUGUCUACUCUCAUGUCUGUGGGUAUGAUUCCGCUGGGUGUCUAUCUGUGCUCCAACGCUUACACGGAGCUGGACCUUGCAGUCAUUCCUAACAACAUUAUCGUGAUCACGUUGAGUACGUCAAUAGGCUUCAUCAGUCUGGGGAUGGCACUCAGAAAUUGGAAGGAAAAAGUGGCGGACAGGCUCGUUUUGGCACUGAGUUACUUGCCGGUACUCAUCCCCAUCAUAAUGAUUUUUCUGGUUGGCAUCACAAUUCAACAUUCCGUGCACUUUACUCCCAGCGAGAUCUUCCCUGUUCUAGUCUAUCUCCUUGUGUUACUGUCGGGAACCUACCUGCUGGGGCAUCUGGCCGGGCAGACGCACGAGACAUGCCGAGCUAUGGCGUUUUCUGCGGCCAGUAAGAGCGUGUUGCUCUCACUGACCGUGGUCCACUCUUCCUUCACGGGGGAAGUGUUGUUGUCUGCAUUGCCUUUACCCAACCUGUUUCUAAUCGAGUAUAUCGUUAUCGGUCUGAUUUUUUCCGCGGCCUUCUGGAUUUACAGACAUUACGUACCCACUGCUUAUGUUUAUUAAUGUUUGUAUGCCAUGCAGUUCAGGACAAUGAAAAAUCAUGUAAAAAUAAUAACAGAAUAAUAUCACCAACGGAAAUGUAUAAACAUCAGUUUUCAGUUACAAUCACAACUCUAUUCAUUUCUAAAAACGUCAAUGCAGAGUUCUGUUUUAAAUCCUGUCAACCUUUCUGUCACUUUGUCCUAAUUGUUUUAAUCUAGGCACUGGCGGAUCCAGGGGCAGACUAGGCCGAGUGUCCAAUUUGCCUUCGCCCGGUUCUGGGUCCAACUUCUUAUAACACCUUCACAAUUAACUGCAAAUUUUCACAAUUCGAGUUUUAAAGAAUUGGAGCAUCAAAAAAAAAAAAAGAUUUUUAGUGAAAUAAUUGGCGAAAAUGAGAAAUCAAAGCAUCCUAUUCUCAACUUCCUCUAGAACAUGAAAAAAGUUAUGAAUUUAUAGCAACACUUCACAGAUUUGAAUUGAGAACAACAUAAACUUUGCACACCGAUCGUCUCUAAGCCAGUGUAUUAUUCAUGUCAGGUGCUGCUAAAUUUUGUUUUUAAUCCGUCCACAGUAACCUGAUUUUUUUCUGAAUUGAAGCCCGAAAACAAAACAACA